GCGUGUGUGGCCCGGAGGGUGCACCCCAAUAUCCCAGAGGCAAGCCGCGUGCUACCCAGUGUGAAGGUCAAACAGAGGAGCAACACAAGGGUGGUGGAUUUAUUAUCCUUAAGUGUAAAUGGCGACGAAGGCAGUCUGCGGUCCAUUGAUUGGAAUGAGGACUUCCUUGCAGCAUGACUGCAGCACUAGGAAGAGGAGGAGAAGGAGAAGCCUUAGGGUGGAUUUAUCCCCAUCACCGGGCAACAUGGCACAUGCUGCUACUCUUUUGACAAGUGUAGAAGCUCAGCAGCAGAGGGAGGUGGCCAUGAAGGCUAGCAGAUCGGCAUGGUCGCCUGCUUAUGUUUCUCUCUCUUCCAACCAUUUGCACAUCAGCCGCAAGAAAUCGAUCUCCUUCUGCCACGUGGAGGGCGUACAGAUAGCGUUGGGUCUGCGCACCGGCCUGGCCCUCCUCCCAACAAGACAUAGUUAUCGGUCAAGCAGUGGCACAGGGACAACCUCGGGCUUGGGCAAGCACACAUAUGUGAAAGGGAGGAGAGUGGGAAGAGAGACAUUGUGGUGGGCUGCCAAAAACCGACCCAUUUCUGAGACGUCGGUCCAGUCGGAGGGGUACUAUUCUCUGGACGACGGGGACGAAGGAGAUGCGGGCGGCGAUGGUUUUGGCAACGAUCAAGGGGUCGGUGAAGGGGUCGGUGACGAUCUAGGAGUUGAAGGGGGGGGUGGGGCCAGUGAGGCCUCUGGAGGCCCAGAGACUUUUUUGUCGCUGGCAGAAGCCGGACUCGUGGAGCUGGCACCUCUGGACACGCACGAAAAGUUCCUGGCACGGUUAACGAUAUCCUCCCUGAACCUGCUGAGAACGAUAUCACGACAAGAAGGUGUCCCUAUUAAGGAGUUGAAUGCUGGGAGGAUUGUGGAUUGGUUUACAAAGGACAAGAUGAAGAGAGAGAAUGGAAGCGACUCAGCAGUGCUUAAAUGGUAGAGGUACAGGAGGAGGAGAAUGAGGAGGAGGAGGGGGGAAGAAUGAAUGCCUCCGACUUAUAUACAGUAUGGCAGUGGUAGCAAGAAAGGUAGCGGAGUAGGAAGAGGAGGAGGAGGAGGAGAAGGAAGGCGAGGGGGAAGAAUGAUAUGUAACCAACUUAUACUGUACCAAAAGACAAGAGAGAGAGAGAGAGAGAGAGAGAGAGAGAGAGAGAGAGAGAGAGAGAGAGAGAGAGAGAGAGAGAGGGAGAGAGAAGGACGAUGGCAGUGAUGGAAGUAACUCAGCAGUGUUUAAACGGUAGCCGGAAAGGUGAAGGGGUAAGAAGAGCAGGAGGACCUUGAAGGGAGAAUUAUUAGUUAAUGCGAUUUCUACUGUAUCAUCAGGAGUCUGUUCCGCAGGGACUUAGCAAAUGUUUUUUCUUUUUUCUUUUUUUCUUUUUUUUGAAGUUAGGCAGCAGGAACAGUUCUUAAAUGGUACUGGAAAAGAUAGAGUAGCAGGAAGGGAGGAGGGUAAGGAUUUAAAAAGGGAGGUGGGUGGGAGGAGGGAGAAUGAGUAUUUGCAGCUUCCCCUGCUCAGCCUGGUGAUGUGUGCAAUGCGUCAUAACCCACAUCAGUGUCACAAACACACUCCGUGUUGUGCAGCGACCUAGGCCGCAGAGAGAACAAAAUUCCAGCAGGUGU